AUGGCGCUCCACCACCAGUGUUAUCAGCGUUAUCAGUAAUCGACAUCGAUCGGAUAAAAUAUUUAAUUCGGCGACUGAGCUGUGGAGUUAAACGUAUGUGAGAGGUUAAACACGACAGUCCGGAUUAUUUGAAUUUGCUGAUUUCUGAAUAGCAAAUGAGUUGCUAAAAAUACAUCCUGCAAAUGUCUUAAUUUUAUUAGUCUAUGCAUAUAGUAAUAGUAAGCGGGAACUAUGGCAGGAAGUAAAGGCGUUGUUAGUUGUCAAUCUCUUUGCAGCAAGAUAUUGCAUUCUACAUUUCCACAACAUUUUUCAUUUUGCUUUGCAUAUGGAUCUGGAGUGUUCAGACAAUCAGGCUCCGAUAUUACCAAGAAUAUGAUAGAUAUGAUUUUCACAGUUGAAGAUCCAGUUGCAUGGCACAAAGAAAAUAUUAGUCGUAAUCCACAUCAUUAUUCAUCAUUGUGUUGGUUAGGUCAUAACGUUGUGGCCCGUGUGCAGAAUUGGGCUGCUAAGGUGUAUUUCAACACUCUAGUUCCUAUAAAAGAAGAAGGGGUGACAAUAAAAUACGGUGUUGUUUCGCGAUCAGCCCUUGUAACUGAUCUGUUAGAUUGGAGUGAUCUGUAUUUAGCAGGUCGACUUCAUAAACCAGUAGAAGUUAUUCGCAAAACUAGUAACUCUGAGCUUCGCACUGCACUUCAGUUGAACCUCCAUAGUGCCGUGCACACUGCAUUAUUGAUGCUACCUGAAAGUUUCAGUGAGUGUGAGUUGUACACCACUAUCAGCACCCUUUCUUAUGCUGGUGAUUUCCGCAUGAUAUUUGGUGAGGACAAAGAAAAAGUGCAAAAAAUUGUUGAGCCACAGAUGGAAGCAUUUAGGGAAUUGUAUUAUCCAGUUAUAAAGACCUUGUCUAACUUCUUAGAAAUGUCAAAGGAAUCUGGGUUGUGUUCACAAGAUACCAGUCCUGAAUCAUGUAUCCACCACUUGUACCAGCUUCCAAGAGCCCCUCAGAGGGCAAUGGUUCGCCUCUGGAACCGAGACAGUGGACUUCGUCAGGACACAGAAGAUGCUCUCAGAGCUAUUGCAUAUGAUCCAGAUUGUGGCUUGUCCCUGUUGGAAUGCAUCAAGAAUAUUGUCUGGCCUUCAAGUAUUCGUCAGAGUCUGAAGGGAAUUCUUACUGCUGGCAUAGUUAAAUCUUUUCAGUAUGGUGGAAAGAAGAUUGUGAAAAUGAUUAAGUCAUAGUAGCAUUUAGUGUAUUUGUAUUUAUUGCAAGUUCAAGAGAUCCAAAGAUGUAUAUAGAGCAUGUCAUAAAAUAAUAUAGAGCAUAGAAUACAUACAUAGUUACUACACAACUAGACAAUACAGUGAAUACAACAAUAAUAAAAGUUAUCUAUUUAGUUAUUCAUCCACAGUAUAAAAUGUAUGAGUGUUCAAGAAAUGCCUUAAUACAACCUUAAACUUUUUAAAAUUAUUAGAUGUGUUCUUGAUAUCUGUGGACAGUUUAUUAAAUAAGUAAAUCUAGUAUUUGUAAGAAUAAGUAGUUGAAAUAAAGGUGUUAAUAUUUAUAGUUUGUGUUUGUAUCAUUCUAGUGUCAAAGAUG